AUGGAUCUAUUUGAACUUAAGGGGCAACAUUACCUGCUUUGCGUAGACUAUUUUUCAAAGUGGCCUGAAAUCUCAAAAUUACAAGGACUGACAAGCAGCUCUGUCAUUAACCAUGUAAAGAGCCAGUUUUCCAAAUAUGGAAUUCCAGACCAAGUCAUAAGUAACAACGGACCACAGUUUGCGAGUCGGGAAUUUACCAAAUUCUCAAAAGACUACGGUUUUCAACACACUAUCACGAGUCCACAUUACCCCUCAUCAAAUGGUCAAGUGGAAAGAAUGGUACAGACAGUAAAGAGACUACUGAAGAAGGCAAAUGACCCAUACCUAGCAAUACUCGAUUAUCGAAACUCACCGAUCGAUGGAAUUGACCUUUCAUAG